AGGACACUUUGAAAACAAACUGACCACCUCCUUCUUGUUGGCCGAACGUAGUCUUGCGAACUACGGAGACGGCAUUAGCCUGAAAUAGGUCUUAAUCACAAGAAAGACAGGUUAAGCCAUGGAAAAUAAUGUCGAUAAAGAAGAUGGGCGCUGGGAUCCUUCUUCGGGAAGCUACGAGAGCGGAUCAGGAGAUAGUGGACUCGAGAGGGCGUCAGGAACCGAAAUGGAUGAACAAAGGAAGCAGAAUUUAGCUUACCAAUAUCUAUGUCACUUGGAAGAAGCCAAAGUGUGGAUGGAAGCCUGUCUCAAAGAAGAUCUUCCUGAAACUACUGAACUAGAAGAAUAUAUGCGAAAUGGAGUCCACCUUGCGAAGCUAGGAAACUUCUUUGCACCAAAAGUCGUACCACACAGACGUAUCUUCGACAAAGAGCUGAAACAUUUCACGUCUAAAGGCCUUCAUUUUCGCCACACGGAUAAUAUAAACUACUUCCUACGAGCUCUUGAAGAUGUUGGACUCCCCAAGGUCUUUUAUCCUGAGACAACGGAUAUUUAUGACAAGAAGAAUAUGCCAAAACUCAUCUAUUGUGUGCAUGCAUUAAGUUUGUUCCUUUUUAAACUUGGAGUGGCACCACAAAUAGAGGACUUAUAUGGAAAGGCUGAAUUUACAGAGGAACAAAUCAGUGCUAUGCGCAAAGAGUUAGAAAAGUAUGGUCUACAACUGCCAGCUUUCAGCAAGAUUGGAGGAAUUCUUGAAAGUGAGCUUCCAGUUGAUGAAGCAGCAUUGCAUGCAGCUGUCAUUGCGAUCAAUGAAGCCAUUGACCAUCAAAGUUCUGCUGGAACAUUGGAARCCUUAAAGAAUCCCAAUGCACAUCUUGUAGAYAUUGAUGACACAAAUGUUGAUGAUUAUCAAAACUUUUUGUACAAUGCCAAAGAAACUAAAUCAAAACAAGCUCUUGCAAAGUCACCAGGKAGUGAUAAAGAGAUUGACAUCUAUGACAAAUAUCUUACGCAAGCUGAAAUACAAGGAAAUAUCAGCCAAGUCAACGACACAAUCAGAAAGAAGAAAAGAGAUGAGGCUUUGCAAAGAUCACUACAGGAAAUCAAUAGCCUAUUGGAUGGUGAUGAUGCUGAGGCAUUGUGUGCAGCCUUGUCUGAUAAAUCAGCCCAGUUGAGAAACGUUGACAGACAAAAUGCAACUUGGUAUCUCCAGAUGUUGAAGGAAAAAAGAAAAGUCAAACAAGUGACAUCUGAUGAUCCAAAUGCUCAGCUGAUCAAAGAGGAAGUACAAGAAACUGUAAACUCUGCCAACGAAGCAGCUGAUGCUAACAAGCAAAUGCUUGUAACUGUAGAAGCAAUCAACAAAAGUCUUGAUAAGGACAAUCAUGAGGAAACCCACCAAUUGCUUCAAAAGAGUGAAGCCAUGCUGCCAACAGUCCUUAAUAGAAGUGCAUUUCUAUACCAUAGUGAAUUAAAGAAGGAGAAAGCAAAGAAACAGAAUGACCUUGAUCAUAAUGAGAUGGUUCAAACUGUUACAGAGCUGACAGCUGCAGCUGCUAUAAAUGCCGCCAUUGACAAACAGAAUCCUGACGAGCUCAUGAAACACAUGCAGAAUCCMAAGGCACAUUUACAAACUGUGGAUGAAUCACUGGGAGGGCGUUACUUGGAUCAUUUUGUCUCUGUUAAACAAGAGAAAGGGCAGGAUUGUGGGAUUGGCAAAGAUGAUUUAACUCCACUAGAAUUACAAAUAUGUGUAGAUUAUGUCAACACUGUGGUUCAAGAAGAACAUGAUUUAAUAACUGCCUUAUCGAUCAUUAAUAAGAUGAUUGAUGAGAAAGACGCCAACCAAACUACCCAUGCAUUGCAAGCAUCAGAGGCUAAGUUAACUGAAGUUGAUAAUAGUAAUGCUCAACUUUACCAAGAAGUAUUGUUCGCUAGCAAGUCUUUAAAGGCGCAGAAAACCAACGAUGAGUCCGCUGAAUUGUGGCACGAUGAAAUCCAGGCUUGCAUCGAUCAUUCCAACAAGCAUGCCGACGAAACCGUCCAACUUGCGCAGGGCCUGGUGGCGAUUAACCAAACUAUCGACCGUGGGGACCCUAGUAGUUUUAUCACCGCUCUUAGAGACCCUGGUGUUGGAAUCAGGGGGGUCCUGCCAGAAUGCACAGAAGAGUAUUUGAAGGCUUUGAAAGAAGCCAAGCAAGCUAAAGGAGGAGGAUCACCAUGGUUACAGCAGAAGACCAAUUAUGGUCACGUGUAUUACUACAAUAGCAGUACGGGUGAAACACAAUGGACACGACCUGAUGAUUUUAAUGAUGAUUCUGCAUUACUUACUAAAGAGGAAAUACAGGAUGUGGUAUCACGUGAGACCGGCCAACACGAUCGCAUGGUUUACUUGACAUCCAACGAACCUAUGAUAGUCAAACUACAAUCACAUUGGAAAGGCUACUUAACCCGUAAAGCUUACAAAGAACGAGUUACAUUUAUUAAUGAACAACUACCCGCUAUUAUCAAAAUACAGCGUCAUGUUCGAGGUUUUCUAGCAAGGUUACGAUAUCGUAGAAGACUGAACGAACUCAACAACCUUCCUGAAGAGAAAGUUAUCAAGAUCCAGUCUAAUGCUCGUAUGUUCCUUGCAAGAAAACACUACAGGCAAAGGAAAACGUACUUUGAUCAGAACCAAGCGGCUAUUGUCAAGAUUCAAGCUUGGGUACGAGCGAACGUUGCACAGAACGACUACCGUAAACUAGUAUCCAUGCAAGACCCACCUGUCAAGACUGUAAGAAAGUUUCUUCAUUUGCUGCAGCACAGUGACGCGGAUUUCGAGGAGGAACUGGAGUUGCAGAAACUACGUGCUCAAGUCGUGACAGAUAUUCGUUCAAACCAGCAGCUUGAGAAUGAUUUGAAUCUGAUGGACAUUAAAAUAGGAUUACUAGUCAAAAAUAGAAUUACAAUACAGGAUGUCGUUCAUCAUGGAAAGAAACUCAAGCGGGAGAAACAAGAUGCAGCUACUGUCAGCAUCCAGCGAACCAAGGGAAUCAAGUCACUUAGCAAGGAGAGCAGAGAGAAACUAGAAGCCUAUCAAAACCUCUUUUAUUUACUUCAGACGAACCCAACAUACCUUGCGAGACUAAUCUUUGAAAUGCCUCAAAGUAAAACGACCAAAUUCAUGGAAUCCGUUGUACUAACGUUGUACAACUACGCGUCCAAUGCCAGGGAGGAGUAUCUUCUACUGAAGCUCUUUGAAACGGCUUUGAGACAAGAAAUCUAUGCUAAAGUGGAUCAGCUUAUUGAAAUUAUAACAGGAAACCCGACAGUUAUAAGAAUGGUAGUACACUUUAACAGAGGUCAAAGGGGUCAGAGUUCUCUUCGAGAUUUACUGCAGCCUUUAGUGAAAGAUAUUCUGAAUGAAAAAAAUAUGAACAUUAAUACCAACCCGUUGGAUGUUUACAAAGCCUGGAUUAACCAAAUGGAAUCGGAGACUGGUCAGACGAGUAAACUGCCGUACGAUGUCGAACCUGAACAGGCUUUAAAACAUCCUGAAGUACAGGAACGAAUCUCUAUGUCCGUCGCAUCACUAAUCGCCGCAACAGACAAGUUCCUAAACUCCAUCAUACAAUCCGUCGACAAAGUACCUUAUGGGCUACGUUACGUAGCAAUGACGUUACGUUUGUCAUUAACGGAAAAAUUCCCAAAUAUUCCUGAAGAUGAAAUCUUGAAGGUUGUUGGUAACCUCAUCUAUUAUCGAUACAUGAAUCCAGCCAUUGUGGCUCCUGACGCCUUUGAUAUCGUUACUCUGAGCGUCGAAAAAGGACUUCUUCCUGAACAGAGAAGAAACCUUGGUAUCAUCGCUAAACUUCUUCAAUUCGCAGCAUCAAAUAAACUUUAUGAUGUUUCUAGUGGACAUCUCGCUCAACUCAACAAGUACAUCUCUGAAGCCCAUCAAAAGUUCAAAAAGUUCUUCCUGGACGUGUCGACUGUAGAAGAACCAGAAAACCGAUUCAACAUCGAUGAGUACACAGACGUGGUUAUGUUGACCAAACCAACCAUUUACAUUUCAGUCCAGGAAAUCUGCGAUACCCAUACACUGCUUCUUGAACACCAGGAACAGAUCGCACCAGAACCAAAUGACCCGCUACACGAAUUACUGGACGACUUGGGUGACGCCCCUAACGUACAGGAUCUGAUCGGCGGAAAUCGUGAAGACGAAGACUUCGCCCAACAAGUCGCUCAACUCGCCAAGACAGAAAUUUCUCUUAUGUUAACCAACAAGUUUGAAGUUCCCGACGAUGAUGAUUCCGAUAUGAGAGCACUAUUUGUAAGAACAAAGCGACUUAUUGUGGACGUUCUCAUGGUGCAACAAGGUGAAAACUUAACGGAAAUUCUGGAAACCCCUGCAUCAGAAGAACAGGAAAAAGCCCACACUCGGUUAAUGAAGGAAAGAGAUGUCGAUGAAGAAAGAAAGAGAAAAAACACACAAGUCAGACGAUCGGCUUCAAUAUACGGUGAUAACAAGCUUCCUCUUGAAGGACUGAAGAGAAAAAUCAUUCGAAAUCUAAGAAUGCUGGAAAGUCAGGGACUGGUGACGAUAAAGAAUGAUUAUCAAGAUAUCGUUAACGCUAUUGCCAAGGACAUACGUAACCAGAGACGAUACCGUCAGAGAAGACGACAAGAAAGAAAGAAACUUCAACAAACACUGGACAGUUUGCAAACAAAAACACACUUCUACGAGGAACAAAUCGAUUACUACAAUCAAUACAUACGAGUUUGUCUGGAUAAUCUUUCCAAGAAAGGGAAAAAACCAUCCCGAGGUAUUAAACAAGGCAAGAAAACCAAAGAAGAGGUCUACAAAGGAGAAUUUAAGUACAGUGCCCAAAGGCUUUACGAGAAGGGUGUAAUCUUAGAAAUAGAGGGCUUACCUACCUCACAGUUCAAGAAUGUCAUGUUUGAGGUCAAGUCAGGAGACGAUGUUGGAUCGUUCGUUGUAUCGGCAAAGUUCAUGGGGGUGGACAUGGAAAAAGUAGAACUGGUUUUUCAGGACCUUUUACAGUUGCAGUACGAAGGCGUGGCGGUCAUGAAGAUGUUCGGCCGAGCAAAAAUCAAUGUUAAUUUACUCAUCUUUCUCUUAAACAAGAAAUUCUACGGCAAAUAGUAGAUGAAUUUACAAGAGAAUUUUCAAAUGCACUGUUUGUUGAACAAACCAUGCAGGAAUCUUCCUCGUCCCAGGAAAGCGCACCGCACACGACCAAAGGAAACCCGAAAGUAAUUUCAUAAGAGACAUAGUAGAACAUUCACAAAAGAGAGUCAAAUGGCUUGUUAUUACCCAGAGCACCUGUGGGCUUGUUAAAAUGGUUGCAAAUAACUGGUAUUGAUAAUGUGUCGAUAAAAUGCAUUGAAUUUAGAUAAAAUUUGUCUUGAGUUGGAGAGAAGACUUAAAACCCGUGAAAACGAUAUCGCAGGUUUUGAGUAAAUUAACCGUUGCCACUUCAUCCUAAAUUGUACUAAUUACGGUAAUUGUUUCCUGAGUGUAGUAUAAAGUAGAAUUCAUCAGUUGAUGGAUAUACUGCUAAAACUCUCACUAUAACUGGUAGAUAAGGUCUAUAUCUAACUUGGACUCCGUCUUAGUUUCACCUCUCACAUCCUUGGCCUUUACUAAUGGAUCCUCAACAGGCCAUACGCAGGGACGCCUUUUUCUAGAACAAAACAUUAAGGUAAAUGCUUUAUAUUCUCGCCAAAAUAGCCCCUCAAAACAACUCGCAUUAUAAACACGAAAAGGGAUUGUGGAAAUAAUUCCAACAGUCGUAGAGAAAAGCACGAGAAUUGAAUUUACCGAUAAUUCAUGAAAAUGGCGUCACCGCGUUCAAAUAUAAAAUAGCAUCUUUCUGUAAAACCGUCUGAUUCUGAAGAAAUUGGUAAUUUAUCAAAGAGAAUAACAUGAUUAUUUUAAGGAGUAGAUUUUCUGUAGACACGUUUCAGAAAGGUAUUUUAGUACCAUACAUAGUGAACCCCAUAGUGGCUCACUUCUCAUUAUAGUUUUAAAAGAUCAAAUUAAAAAUACGAAAAUAUCAUAAUAAACCUACAAAUUCGGACGCACAAGUGCUUAACUAUCACGGACACUAGUAUAAGACCUCACUUUUACGGACACUGCUUGAUUUGUAUAUAUUAUUGAACCUCCGUAAAUACGGGCAAAGAUUAUUGUCCGCAAUUAUGAGGUUUUGAUAUACAGUUUCUAAGUACUGGCCAAAUAAGUUACCGCCAUUUUAGAGAUGUUUAGUUAGCUCACACACGAAACAGAAAACACUGCAUUCACGCAUUAAUGUAAAACACCAAUAAUAUGAAAUAAAACUGACUUAUCAGUGGCAUAAAAACUAUUUACAACCUUAAA